AUGGCCAACAAAUCUCGAGGCAGUUGGUUCAAAUGGUUCGCUGAUGGCGACAGCCCGCGGGAGCGGAAGCUGAUCACCAAGCUCGAUCUCCUCAUUGUGCCCUACGCUGUCCUGGCAUACUGGGUCAAGUACAUGGAUCAGUCCAACUUGAACAAUGCCUACGUAUCUGGGAUGAAAGAGGACCUGAAGUUCGAGGGCAAUGAGCUGGUCAAGCUGCAAACCUUUUACGUCGUCGGCGCCGUCACUGGACAGAUUCCUCUGAUGUUCUUGCUCACCUACAUUCCUAUGCAUUGGCUGAUCCCCGCUCUCGACAUUCUCUGGGGCGUCUUUACACUACUACAAUAUAGAGUCACUGGAUUUGCCGAGCUCGCCGCCUACCGAUUCCUUGUUGGAUGGUUUGAGGCUGCCUUCUUUCCCGCCAUCAAUUAUCUUCUUGGAGCUUGGUACCGUGGUGACGAAUUGGCCAGACGUGGAGGUAUCUUUUACAUCGGCCUUUACCUAGGAACCCUCACAGCCGGUCUUAUCCAGGCCGGAGCCUCGGCCCAGUUGGAUGGAGUCCAUGGCCUCGCCGGUUGGCGCUGGAUGUACAUCAUCUGCGCCAUCAUCACCAUCCCGAUCGGUAUUCUCGGAUAUUUCGUCAUCCCAGGUACCCCCGAGCAACCUAACCGAGUGUGUCUGUCCCAAGAAGACAUCGAUCUCAGCACCGAGCGACUAUCUCGUGCUGGCCAUCAGUCCCAUGGCAAGCUUGGCUUGAACACCCUCAAGCGGAUCGCCAUGAAGCCACAGUUCUGGACCAUAAUCCUUCUCGACGUCCUUUUCUGGAACUCUCAGCUGCAUACUAGCUCUGGAAGUUUCUUGCUAUGGAUCAAGUCUCUCGAGCGCUAUACCAAGGCUCGCAUCAACGAACUCGGCACGAUUGCCCCGGCGCUCGGUAUCUUCUACGUCCUGCUCGUGUCUUUUGCCUCUGAUUUGUACCUCGGACCUGCGUGGGCUAUUACGGCUGCGUAUACCUGGAACAUCAUCGGACUCAUUAUUCUCAUCGUCUGGAACGUCCCUGAAGCAGCGAAAUGGUUUGCCUUCUCAACCAUCUACUCUGCCAACGCCAUGGCGCCUGCACUGCACGGUUGGGUCAACACGCAACUGAGGGCAUCCCCUGCAGAGAGGUCCUUUGCUCUUGUUCUUAUUACCGCCAUCGCCCAGUCAUCCACAGCAUGGACGCCUUUGUUGGUCUACAAGACGGUCGAGGCUCCUCAUUUCGUCAAGGGCUUUUCCUUCUCACUUGGAUGCUCUGUGACCCUGGUCAUUGCGACGCAUCUGCUGAACCGGUAUCUCAAGCGACGAGAGUAA